UUGUUUAGAUGAGGAUUUGAAGAGUGAUUUCCUUGUUGUUAAUGGCAGCUUGUGAUUUGGUAGGUGAGAAUGGAAGAGGUAGAAGAAACAAUAUCAUCAACAUCAACGAAGAAAACCCAGUGAGAAGCAGCGCCAUGAGGAAGAGAAUUGCUUCUGAGAUUGCCGAUAACCAGAGGUUCCCUCGCCGGACUCAUCUUGAUUCUUCCGAUAACAACAUGGCGUGCUCUUUCAUGGCGGCUAAUAACCCUAAUCCACUCUUCAACUGCUCCACUAUGAGUAUGGAUAAUAAUACUACUAUUAUCAAUUCUCAUAAUUUCUCCGCCUUGACGUCAGCCGGGCCACCUGCUCUUUUAUCUACAACACCCUCUAAUUUUUCUGCUGUCGUCGACACCGUCUCCUCCUCUAGUCCUCGGCCUCCCGCCGUGUGUGUGUUCUCGGGUUUGCCUUUGUUUCCACCAACAGACCGAAAUCGAAACGGAAACGCCAACAUUUCCGCCGCUGUUACCGCCGCGUCCGCGAAUAAUUCCGUCCCUGUUUCUUUAACUCCGAUCUCGAAUUCUAUGGAUGAUAAUUCGGCGACGGCGUGGAUAGAUGGCGUUAUACGGGACCUUAUCCACACCUCAGCUAAUGUUUCCAUUCCUCAGCUUAUUCACAACGUGCGGGAUAUUAUUUACCCUUGCAACCCGAACCUCGCUGCUCUACUCGAAUACAGGCUCCGUUCUUUAAUGGAUCCACUUGAACGGAGGAGAAAGGAGGCGCCGUCAUUGCAUCUGCCGGAGGUAACGUUGCCGAGGCACCAUGGUCAACAACAAGGCUCCUCUGGGUUGACGCUUACCUUGGAUUCCGCCGUAGAUAAUCUUCCUAAUUGCUCCUUCACCGAUUCCGGUGCUAUGAAUCAAUACUUCAGUUGGGGAAUAACACCAGUUCCGAUAUCUUCUAACAAUGAGAUUAGCAGUAGCCCAUCGGCAACGACUACACCGCCGGUUCCAUCGUUAAACCAACACCACCUUGCCGAGGAGCAGCCGUUGGUACAAGAAAACGCUUCCCCAGUCGAGAAGACAACGACUUCGACGCCGACGUCCACCGUUCAAGCAGUCCAAGCAUGCGGCAGUAGAGACCGGAAAGAGGAGCUACGGCAACAGAAGAGAGAUGAAGAAGGGUUGCACCUCUUGACGUUGCUACUCCAAUGCGCCGAGGCGGUUUCGGAUAAUAACUUCGAGGAUGCAAAUAGGAUGCUGUUAGAGCUCUCGCAACUGUCGACGCCGUAUGGAACGUCGGCUCAGCGCGUGGCAGCGUAUUUCUCGGAGGCUAUCUCCGCGAGGCUGGUCAGUUCGUGUCUGGGAAUAUGCGGUGGACUUCCGUCGAUUCCGGCGAGCCAUACUCAAAAGAUGGUGUCAGCUUUUCAGGUGUUCAAUGGGAUAAGUCCAUUCGUUAAGUUCUCCCAUUUUACAGCAAAUCAAGCCAUACAAGAAGCGUUCGAGAGGGAGGAGAGAGUGCACAUUAUAGAUCUUGACAUAAUGCAAGGCUUGCAAUGGCCUGGACUGUUUCACAUUCUUGCUUCGAGACAUGGCGGGCCACCGCACAUCCGUCUCACGGGGCUAGGAGCCUCCUUAGAGGCCCUGGAAGCUACCGGUAAACGUUUAUCUGAUUUUGCAGACAAACUGGGGAUUCCUUUCGAAUUUUGCCCGGUAGCUGAUAAGGUGGGGAACUUGGAAGCCGACAGGCUCAACAUCAGCAAGACGGAGGCAGUGGCGGUUCACUGGUUGCAGCACUCGCUCUACGAUAUUACUGGUUCUGAUACCAAUAUGCUAUGGCUGCUUCAGAGAUUGGCGCCCAAAGUAGUGACGGUAGUAGAACAAGACUUGAGCCACGGCGGGUCAUUCUUGGGAAGGUUUGUGGAAGCCAUACAUUAUUACUCCGCCCUGUUCGAUUCACUCGGAGCAAGCUACGGCGAGGAGAGCGAGGAGCGGCACGUGGUGGAGCAGCAGCUACUUUCGAAAGAGAUACGAAACGUGCUUGCACUAGGUGGCCCUUCCAGGACCAGCGAGGAGGUCAAGUUCCAUAACUGGAGGGAGAAGCUGCAGCAAGCGGGGUUCAAGCCAAUCUCCCUUGCCGGUAACGCCGUCACACAGGCCACGUUGCUCUUGGGAAUGUUCCCCUCCGACGGUUACACCCUGGUUGAAGACAACGGUGCACUCAAGCUCGGCUGGAAAGACCUUUGUUUGCUUACCGCUUCUGCUUGGAAACCCUUUCAUGCGACCACUACCGCCGCUGCUGCCACGACGCUACACCGCUAG